GGGUUCAGAACAUUUCAAAAUCGAUAAACAUCUUAAACCCUAAAAACCCCGAAUCUUUCCUUUGGGGGGUUCUCAAUUUCUCAUCUUCAUGGAGAACGGCCAAGUGCCCGAAAACGCUAACGAACAUUGCCCAGGUACUCAAUCCGAGUCUGCGGGGAAGGCUGAUUCUUGUGAAGGAUGCCCCAAUCAGCAGAUUUGUGCUACUGCUCCGAAGGGUCCUGACCCAGACUUGGUUGCAAUUGCAGAAAGAAUGGCUACUGUAAAGCAUAAGAUACUGGUUCUAUCAGGGAAAGGUGGAGUUGGUAAGAGCACAUUCUCUGCCCAACUUUCAUUUGCACUAGCAGCUAUGGACUUCCAGGUGGGUCUUUUGGACAUCGACAUUUGUGGCCCUAGCAUCCCAAAGAUGCUUGGCCUAGAGGGCCAAGAAAUCCACCAGAGCAACCUCGGCUGGUCUCCUGUCUAUGUUGAGUCCAACCUUGGGGUUAUGUCAAUAGGGUUUAUGCUUCCAGACCCUGAUGACGCAGUUAUAUGGAGGGGUCCACGAAAGAAUGCGCUCAUUAAGCAAUUCCUCAAGGAUGUCGAUUGGGGUGAGCUUGAUUUUCUUAUAGUUGAUGCUCCUCCUGGAACCUCAGAUGAGCACAUUUCAAUUGUUCAAGAUCUGGGUGCUGCUUCAAUAGAUGGUGCAAUCAUUGUCACCACUCCACAACAAGUUUCCCUUAUUGAUGUGAGGAAAGAAGUAAGCUUCUGCAAGAAAGUAGGAAUCCAGGUUAUUGGGGUUGUUGAAAAUAUGAGUGGUUUGCGCCAGCCGAUGUUGGCAGCUUCCAAAUUUUUGAGGAUGACAGAGGCAGGUGAGGAAAAAGAUGUUACAGAAUGGGUUAUAGAGUAUGUGAAAGAGAAAGCGCCAGAAUUGCUUGAUAUAAUAGCCUUGAAUGAAGUGUUUGAUAAUAGUGGUGGUGGAGCUAUAAAAAUGUGCAGGGAAAUGGGGGUACCCUUCCUGGGGAAGGUGCCGUUGGAUCCCGAGCUUUGCAAGGCUGCUGAAGAAGGCAGGUCCUGCUUUGUUGAUCAGAAAAGUGGCACGAGCGCACCUGCACUGAAGAAGAUCAUUGAUACAUUGAUGGAAAAUCAGGGCAUAUCUAGAAAUGUUGUAGACAAUGAUGCAUAGGUGAUUGGUUUGAUCUGCCAAUUUCAAGAUUUUGUCUAUGUCUCUAUGGUUGUAGAAUAAUACUUUUCUUAAACCUGGAUCAGAUCUCUUACAUGGAUCACAAAUGAAGGAUGUUCUUUCUCUUCCCCUCAUGUAUUUAUCCACGGUUCUCUAUACGUAAAUCUCAUCUUAAAUUCUUAAUUGUGUGACUAUCUUUCAUGAAUUGUUGUACGUGUUCUUCCGCUUUAUUAAUUAUAUCUAUGAAGUCCUAUCGAAGCA